AUGGCAUCAUCAAUUCCCUAUGAUCCAGAUUUUGAAGACAAUAAUCCAUUCUCUUCCCAGAUUCAAACACCUACACAUUCAAUACCAGCUUUAAACAAUUCCAUUGAAGAUGAAGCUCCUGAAGAUGACGAUAAUGACGAAACUAAUGACAACGAUAAUCAACAAUCCAAUAAACUAACACAAGAAGAAUUAAGACGAUUACUACCUGAAAGAUUCUCCCACAAAUUCCUGAUGAAGAUCACCAUCACAUCAAUAGAGAAGAAUAAACCAGAAAACCCAAUUAUCAAGUUUGAUGCCUCAAUUGAAAAUUUACCUCGAUUUAGACAAAUCAGGUAUAAAGAUAUUAGGAGAACUUAUCAAGAAGUGGUGAAAUUUAAUAAAUAUUUAAGUGUAUCGAAUUUAGAAUGUUUUGUCCCACCAAUUCCUUCUUCGGUUACAUCAUAUCCCAAUGGAGGUGAAGAUGAAAGUAAGAAAUUGAUGAUUAACUGGCAAGAAUGGUUUGAUAGAAUCUGUAAUAAUCCUAUCAUUAUAAGGGACGAAGAAUUUGUAUUUUUCAUUGAAAAUGAUUUUGGAUAUUCUGUCAUCAAUAGUAAUAAGAAAACAUCUGUUGCUAGUGGUUUAGUAAGGAAAACUUUAAAACAAUUGGCAGUUCCAUAUGACGAAUAUGAAGAUUUAUCAACUUUCAGACCUUUAAUCAAAAAUUGUUAUCUUACAUGUUCAAAAUUAGUAAAAUUAUUGGAUAAGAACCUGAAAAAUGAAAAGCUUUUAGCUACUACUAUCAACGAAUUUUCUACAAGAUUACAGGAAUUAUCAAAAAUUGAAAUAAUUCAUCCUGGGAUGAAGAAUAUGUGGGAGAAAUUAUCAAAGAUUAAACUCAUUGAAGCUGAUUUAUUACUUAUUCAGCUGUAUAAUGAUAUGGGGAUCUUAGGUGAUGGACUUCAAUAUUUAUCACAAGAAUUCUAUGAGAUUAAAGAAUCUUUAACUAAUCGUCAUUUGAUUAUGAGAGAAUUGAUUCAAGCCCAACAAAAUACUCAAGCUAAACAUUUGCAAGCCAAUAAGAUUAAAAGUAAAAGUUCGUUGGAUCCGAUUAAAGUUGACGAAGCUAUCAGAUCAUUAGAAUAUGCUACUAAGACCGAAGAAUCUCUUAAUUUACAAAUCAAAAGAAUAUCUGGAGAAAUGUUGAUCGAAAAGGAUGAAAUCUUGGAUUAUACAGAAUUGAAAUUACAUAAAUUAUUAAAGAAAUUUACUUUGAAUAAAGUUGAAAAUAAUAGGAAGAUUUUGAAACAUUUAGAAACGAUUAGAUUAGAUAUUAGAAUAAUUGAUGAAAAGGGAGGAUUAUCAAGAUUGAAUAGAGAGAAUUUGAGUAAUUUAAAACACAAUUUGAUUCAAUCACAAAGUAAUAAUGGAGAUUCUUGGUCUUCAAGAACAUUCAGAUCAUUGAAUGAAGAAAAAGAGACUAAAGAAGAAGUAGAAAUCGACUUUAAAGAUGAAGAUGUAGAUGCAAAGAAUGCUGCUAAUUUAUUAGGAGUCGCAACAUUUUAG